AAACGAGGGUGGCUGCGAGAGGGGCGCGCGCGGAGAUUUCACGAAUGAAUGAAAACCGUAGAAAAAGGAAGAGGAAACGUCAGCCCCCCGAGUCGUCGACGCCGUGGUCCCGCGGGCGUCUGCUGCCACGGCGCGGAGAGGAGCGUAAUCGCGGGUCGCGGACGCGGACGCGCUGACGUAAAAAACCCCCGGUCGGCCGAGAGUCGCCGCGCUGCUGCGCCGCGUCGAGCCGAACCGAGUUCGUCGUUCGUCAGCCGAGGUGAUUCUACCGCGUCGCAGGUGAGGAGCACCGAGGUACUUGGAGGUGAGGAGGCGCGAGGUGGGAGAGAUCCGCGCGCUGCUCGUCCGGCGGCUUGUCUCGUCGCAUCGCGAUUAUCGUACACAUCGCAUUCGUGCGUGCACACGGAGUAGCCGACGACGACGACGACGACGACGACGACCUGCCGGAGCGGGACGAGGCACGGCGACACCUGCUCGGUGGGUAGGUAGGCGUGCGACAGACACGUCGAGAACGCGAGACGCGCGUCGUACGUAACGUAACGUAGGAACGGACGGACGUACGGGCAGACGUGCGUGUGCAUGCGUGCGUUCAGCGCGGUCAGCGGCAGCAACAGCCAGCAACAGCAGCAGCAGCAGAAGCGGCGACGGCCAUACUCAAACAACGGCCGAGCCGAGCGGAGUCGGGAGUGCGCGGCCACGAGAGAUGAGGUAGAUAAUAGGAGUUUCGGAAAACAGGCGUGAGGGAGAGAGAGAAAGAAGGAUCCACACCGAUCUCCGUGAAGCGGGCCGCGCGCGUGAAGCUGCAGGACAGGCAGAGAGCGAGGAGAGUGAGAAAGAGAGACGAGGAGAGGAGAGCGCGAGGAGAAGAGAGACAGACGAGGCGACAAACGGAGCACGGAGCUGAGAGCUGAGCUGAGCCAAGUCGAGGCGACGAGACGAGUCGAGUCGAGUCAAAUCGGCGCUCGGCGCGAGUGUAACCGCGAUAUAUCGGCUCGCGCGAGGGCGAGCACCAGCGGCAGCGGCAGCAACAGCAACAGUAACAGUAACGAGUAGCAAGGAGAGCACGAAGGAGCGGCUCGGAACGGGCGGAAGUGUGGGUCGCGCGUGCCUCUGCGUGCGUGCGGUGCGUGCGGAGAGAACGUUGGACAAGGGAUAGCAGACAGCGGCGGCGGCGGCGGCGGCUGCGGCAGCUGCGGCAGCGGUGACGAGGACGAGAACGACGACGACAGUGGAGACGGAGGCGGAAGCGGCGAACGGGGCACCGCUGGUCGAGCUCGGCGCGGAGGUCCAGGUGGUCGGCGGGAUGAGCGCCAAGACGGACGUCAACAGGCGGGUCCUGGCGAUCCAGGCGAAGAAGAAGCGGCACAAGCCGAGCAAGCGGAAGGGCAAGGCCGGUUCCCAGGGCGAGCAGGACGCGCAGAGCUCCAAGGGUGCGCGUGGUACCGGCCAGGUGGUCGCUGCCACCACGACCACCGGCACGACCGGCAACGCUGCCACCACGAUCACCAGCACCACCACCACCACCAGCAGCAGCAACACCACCACCACCACCACCACCACCACCAACACCAACGCGACGUACGAGUACGCCUCGGUGUACGCCUCGAGUAGGCUUCCGCAGCGCGCCUACAACAGCGACAACGGGACCAGAUCGGUACCAUGUCAUAGUUCCAGCAAUGAAACGAUAGAGGACGACGAUGCGUUCAGUAGCGAGGACGAGGAGCAGGAGGACAGCAGUGACUACUGUAAAGGCGGGUACCAUCCCGUGAAGAUAGGGGAUCUCUUUUUAAAUCGCUACCACGUCACGCGCAAGCUCGGCUGGGGUCACUUUUCCACCGUGUGGCUCUGUUGGGACCUGCAGGAUAAACGUUUUGUGGCGCUUAAAAUAGUGAAAUCCGCAUCCCAUUUCACUGAGACUGCAUUGGAUGAAAUUAAAUUAUUAAAAGAUGUGCGCGACACGGAUCCCAACGAUCCUAAGCGCAACAAGACCGUCCAGUUGCUCAAUGACUUCAAGAUCAGCGGCAUUAACGGCCUGCAUGUUUGCAUGGUAUUUGAAGUGCUUGGACAUAAUCUUCUUAAAUUGAUUAUCAAGUCGAACUACAGAGGAAUUCCAAGAAAUAACGUUAAGCGCGUCAUCAGACAAGUCCUCGAAGGUCUCGACUAUCUUCAUAAUAAAUGUAAAAUUAUUCAUACAGACAUUAAACCUGAGAAUGUUCUUGUGUGCGUCGAUGAGAUUUAUAUAAGAAAAUUAGCUUGUGAAGCGACAGAACUGCAUUCUAUGGGAGCGAAGUUACCUGUGUCCCUGAUUUCUACCGCGCCGAAGGAGUUUCAAGAACCUACGCCAAACUCCAAAAUGUCCAAGAAUAAGAAGAAGAAAUUAAAGAAGAAGGCCAAGCGCCAAAAUGAGCUCUUGAAGAAGCAGAUGGAACAAAUCGAGGAGCUAGAGGAACAAAGCAAACUCGCGAAUAACACGAGAGAAAACGGGGAAGUUGAAACGAAUAGCUUAGACCAGGAUCUCAAUACGGAGAGCAUAGAGGACAAUACGGAGAGCAAAGGUUCUCCGGACAUCUCAGAGCCAUCCGCGCCUUCCUUGCACAUGAACGGAGUAGACGGUUUGGCGGGCGGUGAGAAGAUACAGAAUCCAUCGCCCGAGCAAUCCGAAAAGAUGGACAACGUCACUCUGUGCGAUGUGGAGAAAAGCUGCGGCGAAGGUAUGCUACCACCUGAUCCCGACGAUACUGACGAAGGUAGCGAAGAACGUAGGUCAUUGAACCCUCCGGAAAGUAAGCAGUUGAAACGGGCGUCCAUGUCUCCUUUGGAUCCUGCCAUAAUGGAUUGCGAAAUAGAAGUGAAGAUAGCAGAUCUCGGGAACGCAUGCUGGGUUCAUAAGAAAUUCACGGACGAUAUCCAAACUCGUCAGUACAGGUCGCUCGAGGUUCUGUUAGGUUCCGGAUAUGACACCUCUGCCGACAUAUGGUCAACUGCUUGCAUGGCGUUCGAAUUGGCGACUGGCGAUUACCUUUUUGAACCGCACAAUGGCAAAGACUAUUGCAGAGAUGAAGACCAUUUGGCCCAUAUUAUCGAGUUGCUGGGAGAAAUACCGAGACGCAUCGCUCUCUCAGGGAAGAACUCGAGGAUAUACUUCAACAGGAAGGGCGAGUUGAAGCAUAUUACCGGAUUGAAACCGUGGGGCCUGUACGAAGUGUUGACAGAGAAAUACGAGUGGACGCCGAGCGAAGCGCGCGAGUUCGCAGAGUUCCUAAUACCGAUGCUCGAGUUCAAUCCGAGCAUGCGAGCUACCGCAGCCGAGUGCCUGAAGCAUCCGUGGCUGCAAAUCAAAAAGUGAUCGCGUUUUUUAUUGUUUUAUCUGUAAUAUCCCCCCUCAACUUUCACCCCGGUCCUACCGCCCAGUUGUCGCAAUCGUAAAUCGAGAGUGUGAUAAGAAGCCGAAAACACUUGUAAAUGUCAGGUGUUAUUUCCGUACUGAAAAAUUAUAAUUCAGCGACCCACAAUUUGCGUACGAAGAGCAAGUGCGUUUUAAGAGCGCGUACACACACACACUACACACUAGAAAACUAUUUGAUAUAAUACGAAUUACGGAAAUAAAUUGUAACAUAUGUUGUUAUAUUACUCGUACGCUACGAGCGUGUCUCCGCGUGGGAAAUGUUACGAAACAGUAAACGUUUCGAAAAGAUUGUUAUAUACCCUUUACAAAUGGUGAUUUGACAAUAUUGCGGAAGUCGCCUCAAGGAAAAAGUUGUCUCUCGAAUGCAGCGAGCGAAGUGUCGCAAAAUCCGGAAAUUGUUAAGGAAGAAGAUCUUGCAACAUUCCGCUGAUUUCCACAUAAAAGAAAAAAAAAAAAGAAACGGCCGCGCGCGUGCUUCCUAACGUAAACACUCUCAACACAUCGGCGACCAUUUGUAGUUGUACACUUGUUAAAUCGUAUUUUUAUUUUGUGAUGAGAGAACUUAAAUUAAAAAGGAAUUUUUCAUAGUAUACUUUAUAUAUACAUUAUUUUACACACAUUCGUGUCGCAUUCUUCGUACUCGUCAUUUAAUUUAUCUACAGAUAUUCCAAGAGUCGUGGGAUCUGCUCGUAAUGCGCUGUGAAGGUACUGGCGGGCUCGGUAUCGUGUUUGGUUUAAAAUUAGGACUCAUUGCCUUGACUCAGUUAUCCGUGUGUACUUUUAUACAUCGCACACGCCGGUCGCUGUAAAUUCUUGCCAACAAACUUGUCGUGAAGUCGCAACGGGACAGAAAUGGCUACUUAAUUAAUAUUUUACGUCUACCUCAAUACACGUGGACCGGUUUAGAAAUACUCAUCAACAGACGUGCGCGUAACGAAGGGCCGCAUUCAAAUAAAUGUAAAUUGAAAUAGAGGGAUCUGUACAUUGUAGAUAAUUGAGAGUCGGUCACUGGAUUCUUGGGAUAUGUAAUUUUUUACGCGGGCGCUGAUUGGGAUAAGACAAUAUGUAUGCGCAUAUUCAAAAGUUUCAUUUUUCUCUAAUGUGAAGUUUUAUAUAAAAUUUGAAAAUAUUGUUUUUCUUUCGUAUCGCUUUUGUCAAUAUAUCUAAAUUUUAUUAGCGGCAAGCGCUGAUAAAAUUAGCGCGAGGUAAGAUCGCGCUUGCAAAUGUUGAUAUAAAAAAAUUUAUAUAUACUUUUGUAAAAAGUAUCAUGUGCUUUGUCUUAUUCCACUGGGCCCUGCAAUACUGAUAUUGUAAUGAACAUUUCUGUUUGUUAUAAACUUGUUUACAUCGCUAAUGCGAAUGCCUGUAUACAUAAUGUACAAUUACCGAAGAGAAAGAAUAACUAUAUUGCGAGUAAGGUCUUGGCAAGCAUGAUGGGGACAGUUGUAACAAGAGUGAUGUUUGAAUUUCAUGCGAACUUCUUUACUUCGCGAACACUGACUGACUAUCGAGCUCUCUGCCGAUUAUAAUUGUCUUCUAUUUUAUAAACGAUAAAGCGAAGCAGUGCGUUCCGACCGGAUCGUCUAUGUCGCGCAUACUUUCCUAUGCACGAGCGCAAUUCAUGCUUCCCGCUGAAUGUUCUGUUUCGCUUCGCCUGCCAGUUUGAACUGAAGUCAUUUGACAAGAAAAAAAAAGAAGGUCUCGAUCGAACUGUGUGUGGAGAGGCGUGCGUACGUGGAAUUAUACAUUUCGUCAUGAUGUACAAAUGUCUUGUCACUUACUGCGAUUGUAUCUCUUCCCCGGGUAAAAGAGGAAAAUACUCUCGUAAAAAUAUACAGCAUUUUACGAUCUAUUUUUUUAACACAACACAUGCGUUCUUUAUUUUAUUUUUGAUCGUAUCUUAAUAGCAUAAUUAGCAUUAUUUCUAUUUGAUCACGUAAACACUCCAACAUGAAAUGUUGUACAUACGAGGCGUACUUCUCCUAAUUUAUUAAAAAUUGACGUGCAUUUUUAUGAAACACGUUUGCUGAUUUCCAUUUAUAUUUUCGUUGUCGGUCAUUUAAUUUAGCGGAUGAGUCAUAUAUCUCGCGAUUAAAAAAUUGGAAAAGAAAAACGUGCAUCCCAAAAUUUUUAGUGUAGAUAGAAAACAGGUGAUAUACGACACGCGAGAUGAGAAAGUGCCUCUUCUACCCGCGCUACAAUUAUCAGGUAGAGGAAGAAUGCGUUUAUAUGCUGUUUUAUCCCGGCAAUACAAAACCUGAUGCAUUUUAGGUUGUAACACGUUAUUUAUCAUCGUUUCCCCUGCAGGAACUCUUUCGUGAAUAUCGUGUGGUCUCCAGUGACGGCGAUCGUGACGAAUCUAUACAGUAUAUAGCUAAAUUUUAGCGGGUAAUUACGGAUAAUACUCGACACCGUUCUACUAAAUUCAGCCAUGAAUUAAAUCGAUUAUUACGAAGGCAGCGAUCGCGGUUCGAUUUAAUUUUCCCAUUAGUAUUCCUCGUUAUUCAUGAUAGAGAACGCGCUUCUAAUCAAAUCAACAAAUCGAGCUUUUCUCGGAACUCACAUAAUUCUUCUGAAAAACAAGUAUAAGGAUCUGUAAAUUCCAAGGAUCUGUCGUGUGUAGCCGAGGAUCAAAACCGGUGAGUUUCAGUUUUCAGUUGUAGGCACGUGAAGAAUCCUCCAUCAAUAAA